AAAAAACGACUUAUUUUUAUUAAUCCGAAAUGGCGCUCUCUAAUGCACAAAGCUUAAAGAAAGAACUGGAGGUGUUUGGUUUUCCCUGUGAUGAUGAAAUCAUUGAUAAAAUGAUGGAACAGUGCAUCUGUAGAGGGUUGCAGGCAACUGAGAUGGCGGAUGAGUGGGUGGCUUACAGUAACACAAAAAAUAUUUCUAAUCUCACCUUGGACACCUUGGAGCAAUUUGAGCAUGAGGUCUUGCUCAAGAAGAACAAAUCUAAAUUAAACUCAAGAAGAGAUGAUACUUAUAACAGACCCUUGGACAUCAACUCUAUACAGACCCUAAUAAAUGAAGAAAUAGAGGAGGAGACUCUUCUAGACUCUUAUUCUACUCCUGCAAAGGGCUCUCAGAAACGAGCACUUAGCACUCCAGAGCAUCCUCAGCCUAAGCGGAGUGUAGCUCUGCUGUCCAGCCCCAACCUGCUGCUGUCUCCGACCAGCUUCUCCCCGGGUGCUACGCCCUCACAGAAGUACAGCCAGCGAGGAGGGAAAGGGGAGGUGGUGGCAACGUUUGGGGCCGUGCAGGGCACCCGUUGGGUGGGCAGGAAGGAUCCCGGUGCCGGGGUCCAGGUGGAGCUUCUGGGACCACCUGAAGAGUCUCUUCGCUGCAGCUACAAAUUCAUGUUCCAGAGACUCAGGGACGUUCGAAAUGUGCUGACAGAGAAGAUUGAGGAUUUGGGACAAAUCCUGAAGUCUCAUUUUACCAUUGAGGAGUUCUCCUCUGCCUCUUUGCCUGCUCAGGACAGUAUAACUGUGUUGGGUCAGAUUUGCUGUGACAGUAACGGCAAACUGAACCCUCAGUCCGUUGUCCUGGAAGCUGAAGUCGAACACGGCGGUCAGCAGGUUCCUGUUGACCUGUCUGAGCUUAAAGAGUAUUCUCUGUUUCCUGGUCAGGUGGUAGUGAUGGAAGGAUUGAACGCUACAGGAAGAAAAUUUGUGGCUUCUAAACUUUAUGAGGGAGUUCCUCUUCCUUUUCACACCCCAGAUGUAACAUUGGAGGCUGAUGAAGAGCCACUGAACGUGCUUGUGGCCUGUGGACCCUACACGCCGUCUGACAGCCUGAACUUUGACCCUCUGCUGGACCUGAUCAGUGUGAUCGUCAGAGAUCGUCCUGACGUCUGUUUGCUGUUGGGCCCAUUUGUGGAUUCCAAACAUGAAAAAAUUGAGAAAGCUCAGGUGACAGAAACGUUUGAAACCAUCUUCUUAAGAUGUAUUGACAGCAUCGUGGAUGGCACCAAAAGUGUUGGUUGUCACCUGGUGUUUGUGCCAUCCCAAAGAGACAUCCACCAUAACUUCAUCUACCCUCAGCCCCCCUUCACCCUGCCGAACCUCAGCAAGGACCAGGUGCAGCGCGUCACCCUGGUGUCUGACCCCUGCUCCCUGCUGAUCGAUGGCGUGACCGUCGGCUUGACGUCCACGGACAUCCUGUUCCACAUGGGUGCAGAGGAGAUCAGCUGCGGCACCAGCUCGGACAGAUUCUCACGCAUCCUGAAGCACAUACUGACCCAGAGGAGUUACUACCCUCUGUACCCGCCAGCGGAGGAGCUGAACAUGGAUUAUGAGAAAUUCCAGCGCUUCGGACAGAUGUCGUUCACUCCUGACGUCCUCAUCGUUCCUUCUGAACUGCGUUACUUUGUAAAGGAUGUGGUCGGCUGUGUGUGCCUGAACCCCGGGCGGCUGACUAAAGGUCAGGUGGGCGGGACUUUCGGACGGCUGCUCAUCCGUCGCGGCGCCGCCUCAGGGGACGGACAGAGAGCGAGUCCUUGUUUGGCUGCUCAGGUGGUGAAAAUCUGACACCAAGAAAAGAUUUAGAGGUGAUCUGCGACCACUUUCUGUUUUCUUUGCUCACGCCGAUGAAAAGUCUAGAAAAACAUCACUCUGUUCCCUUUAAACUAUAAUAUAGGUUUAUUUUUAUAUUCCACAUGUUUGGGUGAGCACUGUUCUCCGAUGGGCUGUCAAUCACUGCAACAGCAACAAUAAUAAAUUAUGAUCGGAGCAGGUUUUUUUGUUCA